AUGCUUGCGCCGGUUGCAGGCCUAGCGGCCCUCGUGUCUGUGGUAUGCGCUCAAGCACAAACCAGACCCGUAGACUACACUACCAACCCUCAACCCAACCUUGAUUCGCGCACGUUAGCAACGCUCAUGACAACCUUCCCAAGCUGUGUGAACUCCACCCUCAGCACUACGCCAGUCUGCAACAGAUCUCUUUCCGCAUGGGACCGAGCGCAUGCCCUCGUCCAACUCUUCACGCUCGAAGAACUUGCGAAUAACACUGGAAAUACGGCUCCUGGCGUGCCUCGCCUUGGUCUGCCUGCAUAUGAGGUAUGGAAUGAAGCUCUCCACGGCAUCUCCCAUGGACACUUCGCCACCAACGGCACGUGGAGCUGGGCCACCUCCUUCCCAUCUCCUAUCCUUUCCAUGGCGUCGAUGAACAGGACUUUGAUCAAUCAGAUCGGCGACAUUAUAUCAACGCAAGGCCGCGCCUUCUCCAACGCGGGGCGAUAUGGACUUGACAGCUACGCUCCGAACAUCAAUGGCUUUCGCUCACCCGUUUGGGGUCGUGGUCAAGAGACCCCUGGUGAGGAUGCGUUCUUCUUGAGCUCCCUCUACGCCUAUGAGUACAUCACGGGCAUGCAAGGUGGCAAAGCUCCGGCAGUCCCGAAGCUUGUCGCUGUCCCAAAGCACUUUGCUGGCUAUGAUAUUGAGAACUGGAACAACAACAGCCGCCUGGGUCUUGAUGUCAACAUCACACAACAGGAUCUUGCGGGGUACUAUACUCCGCAGUUCCGGUCUGCGAUUCAAAAUGCGAAGGCGCUUGGCUUGAUGUGCUCUUACAACGCAGUCAAUGGCGUGCCCAGCUGCUCCAAUUCGUUCUUUCUACAGACGCUUGCUCGCGAUACCUGGGGGUUUGGCAAUGGUUUCGUGUCGUCCGACUGUGACGCCGUCUACAAUGUCUACAACCCGCAUGGCUACGCAGCGAACACCACUGGUGCUGUAGCGGACUCUCUCCGUGCCGGCACGGACAUCGACUGCGGAACAAGCUAUCCCUUCUACCUGGUUCCUGCCUUCAACGCUGGCUUGGUUUCCCGCAAUGACAUUGAGCUUGCCCUUACGCGCUACUACAGCGGGUUGGUCAUGCAAGGCUACUUCGACGGCAACAGCAGCUUGUACCGCAACUUGGGCUGGAACGACGUCCUGACGACUGACGCUUGGAACAUCUCUUAUGAGGCCGCUGUUGAAGGCAUUACACUACUGAAGAAUGACGGCACGCUUCCGUUGAGCAAGUCGACCAGAUCAGUCGCGCUCAUUGGCCCCUGGGCGAACGCCACGCUUCAGUUGCAAGGCAACUACUACGCCGCAGCACCUUACCUUAUCAGCCCCCUGCAAGCAUUCCGGGCAUCUGGCAUGACCGUGAAUUUUGUCAAUGGAACUACGAUCUCCUCCACCAACACAUCCGGGUUUGCUGAGGCGAUCACCUUGGCUCAACAAUCCGACGUUAUCAUCUAUGCGGGUGGCAUUGACAACUCCAUCGAAGCUGAGGGUCUGGACAGGCAGAACAUUACCUGGCCAGGUAAUCAGCUCGAUUUGAUCUACCAACUCAGCCAGGUCGGCAAGCCGCUCGUCGUCCUUCAAAUGGGUGGUGGACAAGUCGACAGCAGCGCACUCAAGAACAACAGCAAGGUCAACGCGCUCGUCUGGGGUGGAUACCCAGGCCAGUCUGGCGGCCAGGCGCUGUUCGACAUUAUCAUGGGCAACCGCGCCCCCGCCGGCCGUCUGGUCACUACGCAAUACCCAGCCAGUUAUGCUACCUCAUUCAACCAACUCAACAUGAACAUGGCGCCUGUCAAUGGCAGUCUCGGUCAGACAUAUAUGUGGUACACCGGCACGCCCGUAUAUCCGUUCGGCCACGGCCUCUUCUACACCAACUUCACGACCACGUCCACCAUGGGUCCCGUGACAACCUACAACCUCACCAGCAUCUUCGCGGCGCCGCACCCCGGUUACGAGUUCGUUGAGGAGGUACCAAUCAUGGACUUCAACUUCAUCGUCAACAACACCGGCAGGACCGCAUCUGACUGGAGUGGCAUGCUCUUUGCGUCCACCACCUCGGGUCCUACCCCACGGCCGAUCAAAUGGCUCGUAGGCAUUGACCGCGAGGCCAUCAUCGUGCCUGGCGGACUCGCCUCGGUGACCAUCAAGGUGCCGGUCGGGGCGCUCGCGCGUGCAGAUGCGAACGGCAAUUUGGUCGUUUACCCGGGAUCGUACUCACUCAUGCUGAACAAUGAGGCGAGUAUCAGGUACAAUUUCACGUUGACGGGCAAUGCCGCGACGGUGCAGAAGUGGCCCCUCGAACAGCAACAAAUCCCGCAUGCGUAG